AAAGUGGCCAUCCCGUCCGAAAAAUCCAAUUAUAUAUUCAGAGGUGAAAUUUACUCAUGGCUGUCGUUCCGGUUUUGUUUCGUGGUUUUAAAUCUCGCAGAGGGCUGUUUAGAGUUUGUUCGUUUUGUUUCAAAGGAAGAUUGCUGUGUCGCUAAUGGCUUUCCGUCUCGUAGGAAGACAAAUGGCUGCUGGUGCUGGUAGGGUUUUGCUUGGAGCACCAACACCACAAAUCAGAUUGCUCUGCACUAUGGCUUUCCACCUCGGAGGAAAACAAUUGGCUGCUGGUAGGGUUUUGCUCGGAGCACCAAGAACACAAAUGAGGGGUUACUGCCAGCAAUUUUCUUCCGGUCAGGGAGGCGAUUUUCAUCCUGAGGUUCAAGCUUUCUAUAACGGGAUAGUCUUCGGUGGGCUUCCCUACUUGUUCUGGGCACAUUGGCAAAUGUGGAAAAUCGAUCAGUCAAGUAACGAGGUUUAUACUGAGAGGUCUAUGGAGAUUGAAAAGAUCCUGAAGGAGCUCAGCUAAUGAUUGCUUUGGCGCUUACAAUGAUGUAUGGCGCUAGCCUUAUUGGGAUGUAGGCGUUUGUUAAUUGUUUUUAUGCAUACUUGGUUGUGGUCAUUACGGAGAUGCUUACAUCAUAUAUCCUACUAGUUAAAACUCAUUCAUCGUUGAUUGUGUGAUGCCCUUUUUGAAAGGUAUACUAUACACUGUCACUAAGAAGUUAAAAACUCAUACUGAUAUGUUUGUUGUUGAUCAGUGUUUUACUGCUAUGAAAUUGCUGGCUAAUGCUUGACAAAGUUAACUA